UGCAUGGUGGUGUCUCCACCAUGUAUGAGUGAGGCCGAUCGCUACAGCCUGGAAGCCCUGCGUAGCAUCCACCAGAUGAUGGACGAUGAUCAGGAUGGAGGGAUUGAGGUGGAGGAGAGUGUGGAGUUCAUCAUUGAAGACAUGAAGCAGCAUCAAACCAACAAACACAGCAACCUGCACAGAGAAGACCAGCACAUUACAGUUGAGGAGCUCUGGAGGGGUUGGAAAUCAUCUGACGUACAUAAUUGGACUCAAGAGGAGGUGCUUCGCUGGCUGAAAGACUUUGUUGAGUUGCCGCAGUAUGAGAAGAACUUUAAAGACUUUAAGGUCAAUGGAAACACACUCCCCAGGAUUGCAGCCAAUGAGCCUUCAUUUCUGAGUGUCCAAUUGAAAAUUCAGGACCAGAGGGACAAACAGAAACUCAGCAUCAAAGCUCUGGACGUAGUGCUGUUUGGGCCACCUUCACGUCCUCCUCACAACUACAUGAAGGACCUGUUGCUAAUUGUAUCAGUGGUGAUGGGAGUUGGGGGCUGUUGGUUUGCUCAAUCCCAAAACAAAACCAGCAAGAUCCACAUAAACAAGAUGAUAAAAGAUCUGGAUAGUCUGCAGAGGGCUGAACAGAGCCUCAUAGAUCUACAGGAACAACUAGAGCAAGCCCAGGAAGAGAAACGUAAUGCAGCGGAGGAGAAACAGAACCUGGAGGAGAAGAUGAGGGAUGAAAUCAUGGGGGCACAGGAGGAGGCAUACCGUCUGCACGAGCUGAGGCAGGGAGCUGUCAGUGAGCUCAGUCGCCUACGAUAUGCAGAGGAAGAACUGGUGCAGGUCCGUGGAGCACUGAAGCAGGCAGAAAAAGACAUGCAAGCUAGCUGGAAUUUCUCAGAAGUUCUCCAGCGGUGGCUCCAGUUGACACAUGAGGUGGAAGUCCAGUACUACAAUGUCAAAAAGCAUGGUGCAGAACUACAGCUUGCCUCUGCCAAGGAAGAGGCAGAGAAGAUUAAGAAAAAGAGGAGUUCUGUGUUUGGAACUCUCCAUGUAGCCCACAGCUCCUCUCUAGACCAGGUUGACCACAAGAUCAUGGAGGCAAAGAAUGCCUUGUGUGAUGUAACAGCCUGCCUACGGGAGCGGCUCCAUCGCUGGCAGCAUAUUGAGAGAAUCUGUGGCUUCAACAUAAUCAGAAAUCCUGGCCUUGCAAACCUCACAGCUCAGCUCUACUCAGACUCACAUGCCAUGGGGUUGCCCCGAGUGCCUCAGUCAUCUUUUUCAUGUCGCAGCUCGGUCCAUGGAUCUCUAGAGGAUCUGUUAGAAGAGUCUGCUUCGCCAAUCUUAUCACAGAUGCCAGCUCCAGUUUCACCAAUGAAACGCUCUCCUCGACCUCGGGGUUCCACCAUAUGUCGGUCACGUCGUUCUGGUGUCAUCAAUCAGCCAACAGCCACCAUGAUCUCUACAGACCCCGACCUUAUCAUCCCAAUCCGAGCUCCCUACCCUUGCUUUGAUGAGGAUGAGGAGCUCUUGCUCAAAAGCCUAAAUAAACAAGACUCCCUAGAGAUGUACUCAGAUGCAGAAUAUAUCAGCUCAUCUCCUCUAAGCAAAAUGUACCCUUGUCCUGCCGUUGACACCUCCUCUAGAAAGCUCUACCAUGAUGAAACUGAACUGCUUGCAGAAGAAGUAGAUGCUGGUAUUGAAUCUCCAGUUCGCAAAGUUUCUGUAGGAGAGUUACAUGCUUCUCUAGAUGCUUCCUGCAGAAAGAUGUCAAAAGACAAACUGUUAGAUACUUCUUCAGAAAUCCCUUCUUUGAAGAUGGAAGAGUGUUUGAUUGAGGCUACAUCAAAGAAGAGAUCGCGAGACAGGAGCGAAGUUCCCAUGGAUGUUAGAAUGGGGCUUGCCAGUGAGUUAGAUGCAGAAUUUACAGCUAAGAAAGUAGAAAGAGAUACGGUAGGGGAUAUGAUGGACACUGCUUCAUGGAAUAUAUACACAGAAAGAAGUGAUUUACCACUGGAUGUGAGAAAGAUUAUUUGGGAUGAAUUAGAAGCAUCAAAUGUUGCACCUGGUAAGAUACCAAGAGAUGUGAUGGGCACUUCAAUGGACAGUGCCUCAAGAAAAAUGAUACGAGAUGAGCUUGAGCGCCCAUUUGACUCAGUAUCCAGAAGAAUUACAAGAGAUUCAAUGGGAGUUUCCCUAGACUCAGCUUCUCGAAAGCAUCCAUGGAAUAAAGGGGAAUAUCAGAUUGAUUCCUCCAUGAGGGCAAUGGACAAAACAGCUGAGAUUGCUAGAACACCAUCAAGAAAGAUAUCUAGAGAUGAGCUGGAAUAUUGUACAGAUGCUGCUUCCAUGAAGAUGCUACCCAAAGAGCAAUUUGAAGCACAUGUGGACACCAUGUCCUCCAAAGAAAAGCAAGAGUUUGGCUCAGAACCAUCAACAAGUAGGAGGACUCUCAGAGAUGAAUUUGAGAUGUCUCUGGGCUCUCUCAGAAGGAGACUACCAAGAUUACCAAGAGAUAACACUGACAGUUCGAUAGACAUGCCCACUGGAAAGAUAUCUCGUGAUAGAGUUGAUGUACACAUGGAAAUACCUGACAAAUCAAUAAUGAGGGAGGAGUUGGGAGCAUCUGGAUCAGGCUCAUCUACAGGACGAAUCGGACAACCAGAUCUUACAACACCCUCCCAGGUGCCAUGGAAGUCAUCAUCAGACCUUUUCGCCAUUGGCCCAUUCAGCCAGCUUGUGUACGAUGGAAUCCUGGAGAAGUCCUGCACUUCCUUGGCUGCAUCCACAACCAGCCUCUCUGCCCCAACCCCCAACCUGCAACAGAGCAAGGUGCUAAAAGAGGUGGAGCCACCAUUGCCACCACCAAGAGCUGCUGUCCCAUCUCCUGCAUCACCCCAUGAGAUUAAAGAGGAGAAGAACAAGGAAAAAGAAAAAAGCAAAAAAACCCUAAAGCUAAAAAAUCUUUUUAAAAAGAAAAAUGAGCCAACCUCAGAAAAGCUUCAAAGUGGUCUUCAGAAACUCUGA